AGUUCUACCAAGAAUUAUAUCCUGGGGCUGAACAAGAACUCUUCGAUAACCUUCAACGAGCCGAUGCGAACAAGCUAGCGAUGCUAUUGCCAUCUAAACAAGCCCGAACUACGACGGUGAAACGCGUGCGGUCUCAAAAUGAACGAAGACAAUCCACCUACGCGCGCACCACUCAGAGCCGGGACAUACAUCUGUCUAUGCUGCCGGACCUAUCAGAGAACCUGUCAAAUGAAGAACGAACAUGGGAGGAGAUCAUGCAAAUCAAGGCCAUGCCGGUGCCCAUGAGCCAAAAAAGGGACCUCAAGGCCAGGCUACAGAAUGCUACGAAACUCCGCCUUGUGGGCUUCGAGCAGCUCCAAUGGCGUCAAAGAAAAGUAUGGCAUCGCUUCCGCAUCCGGUUCACGGAAAUUAUGGGCAAACUGAAACUCUGGCAGUCCCCCAUGCGAGAGAUAGAGGGCAGCUUCGGCACUGGUGUAGUAUCAUACUUCCUAUUCCUACGCUGGCUACUAUUCCUAAACCUAGUAAUAUCACUAGUGGUAGUCACCUUCCUAAUAUUACCAAAAACUUUACUAGUCGAAGACGCUCAAGAGUGCAAUGAGAAUUUCCCUAACUCUACUGAAUGUUGCUCAGAAGCGUAUUUGGAAAAGAAUUUAACUGACAGUAAUAUUUUUUUCGAUGUAAUACAAGGCACUGGAUGGAUGGAAAGGACAUUCUUGUUCUACGGAGUGUAUAGCAACCAAAUAUAUACGUACUUCUUGGAGGGUUUGCUGGAUUCACGGAUGUAUUAUAACAUGCCACUGGCUUAUAUACUUGUACCUAUAUCUUGGGCGUUAUUGUCUUUGAUAGCUAUAGUAAAAACCGGGGCGAAAGGAUUCAAAGAGAGGCUAGUAGAGAGCGAGGGACAAUUCUACAUGUAUUGUAACCUGGUAUUUGGAGGAUGGGACUUCUGUAUACAUAAUGAUAAGUCAGCAAAAAUUAAACACAAGGCGAUAUACAACGAGGUCAAAGGAUGUCUUGAACAGGAGAGGUUUAAAGAGGAAAAGCAGCUUAGAAGCAGGGAAACUCAAAUACUGUUGCAUUUAAAACGAAUUUUCAUCAAUCUGGUCGUUUUUGCCAUAUUAAUAGCGUCAGGUAUACUUAUCUAUCUAACAUUUAACUAUACCAUUGAUAAACUCGGAGAGUUAUUAAGCGACUCGAAUUUGCCAUCGAAUUUUGAAGCGGCUAACGCAACGCAAGCCCAACCUAUAACCUUAAGAUUAUUCAGAGAAGGAUCAUAUUCCUUUAGCCAGCUGCAAACCACCUUACUCGAGUUCCUUCCAUACAUUUGCAUUGUCGCUUUGAACAUUAUUGUACCAGAAUUUUUCAGCUAUUUAAUCAAAUUUGAAGAUUAUACGCCGGCUAGCGUCAUAAUAGUAACAUUGCUCAGGACAGUACUGCUCAGACUAUCAUCCUUAGGCGUUCUUUUAAGCCAAAUAUAUCACAGAAUCACAGGGAAACACGGUGGAGUGUGUGCAUAUAACAACGAUGAUUCUCUGGCCUUAGAAUGUUGGGAGACAUACGUAGGUCAGCAACUAUACAAGUUGAUACUUACCGAUUUCGCGUUACAGUUCUUCACGACAUUCUUUAUAAAUCUGCCUAGAGCUUUCAUAGCACGGCAUACUGUUAGUCGUUGCUUUAAAAUCAUUGGCGAACAAGACUUUUAUCUACCUAAACAUGUCUUGGACAUAGUUUACACACAAACUAUCAUCUGGAUGGGUACUUUCUUUUGUCCAUUUCUACCUAUAAUCGGCACUGUGUUCUACUUUAUAAUAUUCUACGUGAAGAAAUUCACUUGCUUAGUGAAUUGCACGCCUUCGCCAGUCGUGUAUAAAGCGUCUAAAUCUAAAAGUCUCUUCAUGUCAGUGCUGCUACUAGGUUUCGUUGUGUCCAUCGUUCCAGUAGCUUAUUCUAUCGCUGAGAUAUAUCCUUCAGUCAACUGUGGGCCUUAUAGAGGUUUGACAACUGUGUGGUCAUUCGCUGUAAGUACUUUCGUAAACUUACCGCCCGCUAUACGAGCAUUCGUGUUUUUCAUAGGAACGUCAACUUUCGCGAUUCCAGCGUUCGCUGUUAUGCUUUUCGCUUUAUACUACUAUUGGGCUGUAGCGGCAGCGAAUAGGCAUAUGGUGGUUGUUUUAAAGAAUCAAUUAGUCUUAGAAGGACAUGAUAAGCAAUUCUUGCUGAACAGAUUGAGCGCUUUCAUAAGACAGCAUCAGAAAAGGUGUGAGAGGAGGAAUAGAGCCAGUUUCGCAGACGAUGAUUCGUCUAUUAGGCAGAGCUCUAGGUAGUCUGGUUUAUAAGCAAUGUUAGGAAUUAUUGUACAGUGCUGUCGGUGCAAAAAGAUCUACACACGAUUGUGUCAGAGUCCGUCUAAGCUUAAUUUGCACCUACUCGAAAAGAACAAAGUAAGGGGAGUGUCAUAUUCAGACAUCGUAAAUAUUAUAGCAUUUUUGGUGCAGCAGAGUGGUGUUAACGGAACUGGUAUAGACAAUUCCAAUUGAUAUGGUAAAUUAACGUAAUGGUAAUAUUAACGUAAUUAACGCUUAUUAAUCAUUAGGGUUGAAAUUGUUUAUACCAAUUCCGUUAACACCAUUCCGCUGCACCGAAAAUGCUAUUAAAUUUACAAUGUCUGGUCAUAUUAUACGUCAUAUUUUCAAAAUAUUACAUUAAUAAUGACAUUAUCACACUUUAUCAUUCAAAAUGCGAUGCUUAGUUAGCUUGGUCCGAUUUUAUCGAAAAGUGAAGUGUAAAUUACGUUAAUUAUCUUAGUGUUUACAUCAAGAUUUCUUGUAUACACUUUAAAAGUAUUACGAAGGCAUGAAUGAUUUGAUGAAUUAUAUCACAUGGUAAACUUUUGCAUUGCUAAAUAUAAAAUAAAAGGUACCUAAGCAAACACGUAUAAAUAAAAUACAU